AGUGAAGUGGGCACAGCUGAAAAAUGGCGCUCUUCUCGUUCCUGUGCGGUGUGACCCUGAUGAUCAUCCUUGCAUCCCAUGGGUGUCACUCAGUUCAACAACCUGCAUGCGGCAAAUGGCCAGAAGGUAAAGGACAUUUGCCUUGGCUAGUCGUUCUUACCAUUGAUGACAAAGUCCGAUGUUUUGCCACCCUGAUUAACGACCAGCAGUUGCUGACAGUUGGUCACUGCAAAUUAGGACCUGGUCACCAAACAGUGGCUUCCCUGGGACGCAUCUCGGACAUGUCAGAUCCUGUGAACAACUGCGAAGAAUCAAGGACAGUUGUCAACGGAUCAUGCAAUAUGCCUAGCUCCAACUCACUGAUAACCAAGGAUUCCAUGUGUAUUCUGACGAUGUCAGGCCCUGUGAAUUUUACAGACUUCAUAUCUCCGGUCUGCUUAGCCUCAGGGGACAGCACUUACCCCACCGGACUUGUAAGCUAUGUUGUAACUGGUUCACGUCCGGUGCCCCUGGUCCAGGUGCUAGUAGUUGGAUACAACGAGUGUAAAUGCACCCGCCCCAGACUCAACAGUAACAUGGUCUGCGCUGGACAUACAGAGGCCAGUGAGAACAGGGAGAGAUGUGAGGCCAGUUUGGGGGGGCCACUUAUGGUCAACCACAAAGGCUCCUGGGUCCUGAUUGGAAUUGUGAGAUUCGAUCAAGACUGCCCCUCAGUUAAAAGUCUUAGGGCUUACCUCAAUGUAGCCCCCUGUCAAGAAUUCGUCCGAAACAACACCAUAGGCAACCCACCAGGCAUAGUUCGCCUCCAGUCCAACGAAGUUGACCUGGACACCUCCUUUGAGUGUCGGUCAGGUGGACACCCAGCACCUCCCAAGCCCACCCGACCCCCGAAGUGCCCACAUACGACCCCACAGGAUUGUUCGAAAGAUAUUGGCAGUGUUUUUGACAGUGGUGUGAAUGCGAUGUCCACUUCCCCCUUCAUCUUACUCUGCGUUCUUGUUCUUACUGUCUACGGCAUCAACUGAUGACGUAUGAGAUGAUGGUGUGUGAGCACUCGGCUUUAUUGCAUCAGUGUCAGGGUUUCAUGAAGCAUAUUCUUCUUUUCGUGUAGGAAAUAGGGAAAUACAAUUAUAACCCUGGUGAUGAUAAUCAAUGUGUCUAACUGACAAAAUGUGGACAGAGAUUUUUUCUUUUUUUAACUCAUCAAUCUUUGCAUAGAGGGUUAACUUCACACCUUGAUGGAAACCAGAAUCUUACGGCCAUCUUUGGUGGAAAGUUCCAAGCACGUUCCAGACAGGUGUGGUCAUAUGUGUUUUGUUUUGCACCUGGGUGCUAAUACCAAAACGUGAAGUCACCACUGUCGGGUUAGGGGCGAGUAAAAGCACUGCAGAUCAGGUGUUGGGUUUCUUUUGAAAUAAUUUUUGAUUUCUCAAAGUUUUAAUCUGUAUUUCAUUUUAAAACCAUUUAGUUGGGUUUUCUGUCAAAAUGUCACAAUAAGAAUAAUGCUUCAUUCAACUUGGUUUAAACGUUGGGUUGUUUGGUGAAGGGAUGUUGAUUCCAUGCUAAUAUUAACAUGUUAGCUGCGAUUUUAAACAUGAAGCAACAUUUAUUGUAAGUGUUUCUGGACACCUAAUAAAUGCCUUGUGUAAAAUCA